AGACCUCAGCGUCGUCACUUUAGGUAUUCACCUAUUCUCUUUAAAUUACAUUUAUAUCAUGGUGAAAAAAUUAUCACAUUGGUUUGUUCCUCAGGUCCUGGGUGGCGAGCAGAAGUCCGGCCCCCUGGCCAUCCCGUCUCCGACUUUGAUUUAGACGUGGUGAUUGGAGCGGACGGACGCAAAAACACACUGGACGGUUUUGGGCGCAAAGAGUUCCGAGGGAAGUUGGCCAUCGCCAUCACGGCUAAUUUCGUCAACAGGAACACCACAGCGGAGGCCAAAGUGGAGGAGAUCAGUGGUGUGGCCUUCAUCUUCAACCAGAAGUUCUUUCUGGAACUCAAAGAGGACACAGGAAUCGACUUGGAGAACAUUGUUUACUACAAAGACAAUACCCACUAUUUUGUCAUGACGGCAAAGAAGCACAGUCUGCUGGACAAAGGGGCCAUCAUAAAUGACUAUGUAGAAACGGAGCGUCUGCUGAGCGUCGACAACGUCAACCAGGAAGCCUUGCUCUCGUACGCCCGCGAGGCUGCCGACUUCGGCACCAACUACCAGCUGCCGUCCCUGGACUACGCCAUCAACCACUACGGGCAGCCGGACGUAGCCAUGUUCGACUUCACCAGCAUGUACGCCUCGGAGAACGCCGCCCUGAUCAGGGAAAAACACGGACACCAGCUGCUGGUCACGCUGGUGGGAGAUAGUCUGCUUGAGCCUUUCUGGCCCAUGGGUACAGGUUGUGCUCGAGGCUUUCUGGCAGCCUUCGACAGUGCUUGGAUGGUGAGGGGCUGGGCACAGGGCAGGAGCCCUCUGGAGAUACUGGCUGAGAGGGAGAGUAUCUACCGGCUGCUGCCUCAGACCACCUCAGAGAACAUCAGUAAAAACUUUGAACAGUACGCCAUUGACCCCGCCACCCGCUACCCCAACCUCAACUCUAGCUGUGUUCGCCCACACCAGGUGCGUCACCUGUUUAUUGAUGGCCAGCAGGACUCGUGUCAGCUGGAGAGAGGAGGACCCACACGGAGAUCAGUGAACUUGUCCAGAAGAGGUGAGGGGGAAUCA